UUCACAACAUUCCAACCUCGUUCUUUCUUCUCCAUCUCCGCCGCUCGGAUGUACAUUUUUUGGACACAUGAAAGAAGCCAGUCAUGAACGUCACUUUUGCAGACAUGUGACUGAAAACUGCGGCGCCAUUCUGGAGCCAUUCAGGGUGAAAGUGAGCAACAUGUCGACUGAGGGAGAAGAAGAGAAACAACGUCCGCAGCUCUCCCCUUGAUCAGCAGCAGUGGCCGAGGGGGAACUUUGUCAGUGGGAGGUAACCCACAUGACUGCCUGACAAUUCAACGCUUGUCCGUGGGGCUGCGCCGUCCGGAACACAGUCUGAAGUGAUCCAUAUCACAGUUUCAGAAAAAAAAACGCAGUCUGCUCAUUCAGAAACCCGAAGCAUUUGUAACCUGGAUAUGAGAAUAAGGGAUGAACGGGACGCCACUUGGAUGAGCAGCACUCGACAUCAUCUGUCCCCGUGUGAACGUCUCCUCAGCGGAUAGACGAGACGUGAUUUGGACAGAUUUACGCACGGGUGGCGCAGAAGUGAAGACCAUCUUCAGUGGACACAGGUCCUGUGUGCGCUUAAUGCUACCAAAACACGGAUGAAAUUUGAAUUUGAGCUUUUUCAACGACAAAGAGCAAUUUUUAAGGAUACUCGCUGGAUUUAUUUUUUAUUUUUUUUUUCCUUUUUUGGUCUUGCGCAGGAUUUUCAUCUUGUAGAGCCCCUCGGGCAAAAUACUGUUAGUUGUCAAUGACUUAACAGAUACUUUUUUUGCGCAUCCACAAACCUUAUAAACAUCUUUAAACCUACACUGAGAUGUGAGAUUGAAUCCAAUCCAAUCCAGUGUGAUUGACAGCAAAGAAGUAAUAGAGACUUGGUGGAAGUUCCAUUUCUAAUUAAAGAAAAGGACGCUGAUCCACUCCUGCAAAGGGCUUUUUUUUUUUAAAGGAUGCACCUUCUGAUUCGUCGUGUGCACCAUUUUGUGAUGCAAUGUCUCCGUCUUAUAUCUUAUAUGCAUGUUCAGCAGUGAAGAAAUAACAAGUGUGCACGUCCACAUUGCCCUAACUCAGGAGGAAACGUCGGGCAUUAGUGGUUCCGCUCAGUUCCAGCUAUGGCACUUGUGGGUCUCUCCACGCUAAGAGUCUCGUGGAAAAAGGCGAUGUCGGAUAUAUCAGCAUCAUUUUGAGAGUUACCCCCACAUCUGGACUAAUGGAUGGAUUGCUGUUUUUUUAGCCACGGAUUGUGCAGGAUCGCCUGAGAAUUGCGGAUUUUUUUUUUUUUUGGUGUGCGUUUUGAAAAGACGCAACGUUCUCAAUCAGAAUCCAGAAGGGAUUGGUGACUACUGAGCAAGGUCUGUGUUAUGUUGGACGGGGGUCGUAAAUGAGAAUGACCUGACACCCUUCUGUACUGUAACUCAUAUGGGAGUUGGCCCAAUCAUCUUUCCAAAGAGCGGAAGACCAGUCAGUGAAUUAUGAAUGUUAAACAAGAUGACCUCCUCUCAGCAGCAGCAGAUGAUGCGAGGUCCUAGGUGGAACCGGGCCUUGUCCGACCCUUUGUUUGUACUACUCCUGGCCCUACAGCUGUUGGUGGUUGCGGGUCUGGUACGUGCUCAGACGUGCCCCUCUGUCUGCUCCUGUAGUAAUCAGUUCAGCAAAGUCAUCUGCACACGGAGGGGCCUGCGAGAGGUCCCUGAUGGCAUUUCUACCAACACACGCUACCUAAAUCUGCAAGAAAAUUUAAUACAGGUCAUUAAAGUGGACAGCUUCAAGCACCUAAGACAUUUGGAGAUCCUGCAGCUGAGUAAAAACCACAUACGCAAAAUUGAACUUGGAGCUUUCAAUGGACUCGCUAGCCUCAACACCCUGGAGCUUUUUGACAACCGCCUAACCACAAUCCCAAAUGGGGCAUUUGAGUACCUGUCCAAACUAAAGGAGCUUUGGUUGAGGAAUAACCCCAUAGAGAGCAUCCCCUCCUAUGCUUUCAACAGGGUGCCCUCAUUACGACGGCUGGACCUUGGGGAGCUUAAAAGGCUCUCCUACAUAUCUGAGGGGGCCUUUGAAGGGCUGAGCAAUCUUCGCUACUUAAAUCUGGGAAUGUGCAAUCUGAAGGAAAUCCCCAACCUUAUUCCUCUGGUGAAGCUGGAUGAACUGGAGAUGUCAGGGAACCAGCUAUCUGUCAUACGUCCCGGCUCUUUUAAAGGGCUCAUCCAUCUGCAGAAGCUAUGGAUGAUGCAUGCACAGAUUCAGACUAUAGAAAGGAACUCAUUUGAUGAUCUCCAAUCGCUAGUGGAGCUUAAUUUAGCCCACAACAACCUUACGCUAUUGCCCCAUGAUCUUUUCACUCCUUUGCAUCAUCUGGAGAGGGUGCAUUUGCACCACAACCCAUGGAACUGUAACUGUGACAUCCUCUGGUUGAGCUGGUGGCUGAAGGAGAUGGUACCAGCAAACACUAGCUGCUGUGCCCGCUGUAGCUCACCAUCUAACCACAAAGGGCGUUACAUUGGCGAACUGGAUCAAAACUAUUUCCACUGUUAUGCUCCUGUUAUUGUGGAGCCCCCUGCUGACCUAAAUGUGACGGAGGGGAGCGCUGCGGAAUUGAAAUGUCGAGCCAGCUCUUUGACCUCGGUGAGUUGGAUUACACCCAAUGGUUCCAUCAUGACGCACGGUGCGUACAAGGUCAGAAUCUCAGUCCUGACUGACGGCACUCUGAACUUCACCAAUGUUACCAUGCAGGACACUGGUACGUAUACAUGCAUGGUAAGUAAUUCAGCUGGCAACACGACGGCAUCCGCCACACUCAACGUGUCCUCCACUGAGAACAGCAGCUUCAGCUACUUCACCACAGUAACGGUAGAGACAAUAGAAACGCCACAUCACGAAGACUUCACCACGAUUGUGCAGCAGAAAGUGGGCCCUACUCCAUCUGCUCGUACAUGGAAAUCUAUUUCACCCAUCUCCACAACUACCACCACAGUCCAGACCCCUCUUUCUACCCGUGCCACAGAGAAGACAUACACCGUCCCUGUGACUGAAUUUGGUGGGGAAGGCUCACUGAAUGGCUUGGAUGAGGUCAUGAAGACAACCAAGAUUAUUAUCGGCUGCUUUGUUGCAAUCACACUCAUGGCAGCUGUCAUGCUUAUCAUCUUCUACAAGAUGCGCAAACAGCACCACCAGCAGAACCACCACGCGCCCACUCGCACAAUUGAGAUCAUCAAUGUGGACGAGGACUGUGUAACGGGUGGACCGGGCAUGGAGAGCCACCUGACUUUGCCUCCUCUUGAACAUGAGCACCUCAACCAUUAUAACACAUAUAAAACUGCCUACAACCAUGCCUCCACUAUCAACUCCAUACACAGCUCAGCGCAUGAACCUUUGUUAAUCCGGGCCAGCUCAAAAGACAAUGUACAAGAGACCCAAAUCUGAACUUCUUUUUUUCCCCAUGUAAUGGAAUUACAUCAAGACUUUCCGGACAGUAUAUGUUUCAAAUUUGGUUUUUGAGGAGAUGGCUCAAACACGGAUAAAUCUCUGCGUGUUUGAAAAUUCAAUGGUCGGUGAUGUUUAUUCAAUGACUUUGGUAAUUAGGGUAUGUCUGUUACAAAAAGUGUCUUUACAAAACAAAAGUUAUUUAUUUAAGAAAAAAAAAACAUUGUUGUUAAAUCAAGAAAAACACCUGGUGUAUUCUACAAUAUUUUUUCUUCGCACCUAAUUGAUGUUUUUUUUUCUUCCCUUUUCGCUCAUGUUGGUUCUUUCGCUCAUGUUGGUUGACUGACUGAAAUGAAUUACGAAAGUUGUUGAUAUUAAGUCAAUUGAAGACUUUUAUUUUUCCCGACAAAAGUAGAGCAGAUUCGAUUUUUUUUUCCCUCCAGCUGUGGAGUAAGUGGUGAAGUGUUUUAUGAUCAUAUGGAAAGUAUAUGAUAUUUUCAAUAUUAAGUGUUCGGCAGAAAUAAUUCACAUGACUGUGUCAAAUAAAUAAUAUUCCCCCUAUUUUCAUGUUAUGAAAGUUGAGGACAACAUCUGCAAUAUUAAAAAUUACACUGUAAUUCUAAAAAAAAAAAGUUAUAAACUAGACAUCUAUGCAUAUAAUUUGCAUAAAUUUGGAUUUUUUUUUUUUUAUCAAGUGCCCAGCUUCCAAAACUUCUUGCAUUUAUUUAUUUAUAUUUUACGAUGUUACACCAAUUGCAAUAAACCCACUAAGACCUUAACAGGAAAGAGGCAAAGGCUUGGUACAAUGGAAUCAUAUUGGACCAAGGGUUCCCAACAUGUCACCCAUUUGCUACCCAUACUUACAUCCAUCAUUUGCAGUUAGUACAUGUUUUUUUUUCUGCGGGUUUCAAACAACCUUUUCCAAGCACAUACCCCUUACCUCAUCGACAAAGCUGCAGGACUGCAUGCUGUCAGAGGUAGACCAGUGAGCUUAAACCCUUUAUACAGCUGUCUGACCGCAUUGGCUGUAAUCUGUGUGCCACAUUUCCACAUAGGCAGUACCUGGCAGCCCCACAUCCACCCUACCCCUGCCAGCAACACAACUUGGCCGUGAGCAGCAGGUUUUGUGGCUUUAGGAGGCGGGGUGUGGGGGAGCGGGCACCAACCAGAUGUUUGUGCUGUACCUGUCUUUCUCCCCCAACUCCAUUUACAUUUUAAUUGAUGUGCUCAUGGGCAUAGAUCUGCAAGGGACUAUUCCCUGGGAACAAUUACAAAGAGCUUACCAUAAAAAAAAAAAUGCCAACUAUCAUGAACAGUGAUAAAUCCGGUCAAGCAACAUUUACAGAAAAUUAUAUUCAAUCUUGUUUUCUAAAAAUAAUUAUGUAUGGUGUUGCUCUUUCUGUCACGAUUAAUUCAGUUUUGUUACUUUAUUAAACAUUAUUCUAAGACCAGAAAUACAGUAUCUAACUUUGCUUGUAGUUUUAACUGUCCUCUCUGGGGUAUUCAAGUGUAAAUGUUAAUUAUUUCAACAAAAUAAUGCAAAGUUUUAACUUGCACAAUUGUUUUAAUGGAAAUCACUGAUGCAUUACACUACACAAUAAAUGAAUCACUGUCUGAUCCAUGAAAGCAGUUAAUGGAGCAAAAAUGCUAACUAUUAUUUUUUACUUUAAUUUAUUUACAUGGAUGAGCAUACAAUGUAGAGUCUGGAAAAUUGGUCAAACAUAAAAGGCCUUGUACUUUAAAUAAAUUUGAAUAAGAGAGUGUAAUCCCUUGCCAAUUCACGCUUUGGAUUGUGUGUCUUCCCCUCUAUCACUAUUUUUCAAAAACAUAUUAAUGAAUCAUUGCUGUUUCAUGGUUGAAUAUGGCCCGCUAUUAGUCAAAAAUAUGCAUAACAUGCAUAUUUAAGCAAGCUUUACAUAUUUUUGCCUAAAUUAAGCAUUCCCAAGCAUAAAAAUGGCUAAAUAAACUAAAAUAAAAAAUAUAUGAGGCAAUCAGAAGAUGCAUUCAAAGACAUAGACACUGGUCACGUGAUGUCAGUCAUGUUACAUUGAUGAAACAAUAGCUGCUACAGGAAGUACAGUCCAGAUAGAAAGUAAACACAAACAAGAAGUGCAAACGUGUGAAUCUAUAUGUCUAAUGUCUUAUUUUCUCUUAUUACGUCUACUAUUUUGGGUAAUACGAAUGUAAAGGUGACUAUACAUGUGUUAUUUCAUGCCUAGAAGGUUCUAAUAAUGUUACAGACCAUAUUUAGAAGGUCAUAAUCACAGUUUUUGUAUGAUCUAACUACGAAAAUAUUCCAUUAUAAAUAAGGAAUCAUACUUCGUGGAAAUUAUUUUAUCACAGUCGGGUCGAGAACCAAUUAACCGCGAUGAAUGAGAUAUUACUUUAUAUCCUUUUCACUGAGAAAUAAACAAACAUAGUCCAAAAUUAACUUCCACAAACAUCUAAAAUUUUGUUUUAUAUAAACGUAGAGCACAUCUGAGCAUUUAAUGUAACAUCUGUUAUAUGUUUUAUGAUGACAAAUGAUUAGAAACAUUCCAUAUCAUUUGAUGGAACUUGCUGACCAGUACAAAACUUUCAGGCUCACAAAAACAAUCAUUGAAGUUAUUAAGAUUGUUUAAAAAUGAACUGAAUACACCUUAAAUAAUAUGUGAGGGGUGUUCCGAUCGCUUUUCCGAUUGCUUUAAAAUGCCGAUCCCGUCCCCAGAUCAGCUCCGCCCUCGCUGCAACAUUCAGAACAACCAUGUCUGCCGUGUGUGUGACUUCCUGUCUAUAAGUUUCGCACCCAGCAAAAAUGGUCUCACUGGAAUGGCGCUUGUGCAGCAUUUGGGGGCGAGCAGAGUGUUUUUUUAAUUUGAGGCUAACGAUGUGAUCAUCCGUCCGGCAGCGGCUAAAGCCCCAGUCCCAACCCACUGUAAUUGCAAUUGUGGGCAAAUUGUGGGAUCAUUUCGAGUGAGUGUUUGUGCCACGCUUGAAACACGUGAUGUGCACACAGAUUUCAUCAGUGGUGCCAAGCGUGAUUGGCUCCAUUUGCCGUUCAGAAGGCAGCAGAUGCGGCUGGAGGGGCUCAGCAGAAGCGGGCGAGCCUGCUUUUCAUUCAUGUUGUCAGUCAAUGAUGUGAGAAGACUAGAAAUAAAUGCAUUGUGAAAUACAAAACAUGAGUUGUGGAUACUAGUAUUAAGUUCAUGCUCUGGUAAAAGGAGCAUAUCGGCUUUGUUUGACAAAUCGUAUCGGCAGCAUAAACCCUGAUCAGAACAUCCCUCAUAUAAAUAUAUACAUAUUAUUAAAUAUUUGUUUUUGCGCUUCCAGGUUUAUGGAGGCAGCAGUGAUGAAUAUGAGCACUUUUGGGUGCAAAGCCAGAUGCUAAUGAGUCUACCCAGCAUGCCCACUGUUUGUAUCAAUAGUGUCUAGAAUAAAAAUAUUAAUGUUAAGCUGAUAAUAUGUUUUACCCAAUUUGAAGGAAACACUAAUAGAUUUGAUGUGAGUGUGCUGCAUAUAAAACAAAUGUGUUAUAUAAAUGACUAAUUAAGACAUUUCAGGUCCCCAGACAAUUUUGCUCAAAUUAAGCUAGACUAAUGAAUUACCCUAUGUGCUUUCUGACAUCCAAACAUCAUCGCAUUGCACUUCUAAUUUUCUUAAUUUCUUUGACAUUCCGGAUCUUGGAUGUUAAUGUGACAAUUAUAAUAUUUUUUUUGUCUCUUAAACUCCACUUAUGGUUUUUAGUUGAAGGUGAUUUGUUUGGGAAUUUCAAAGCUGAUUUUUUUUUUUACAUUUUAGUCAAGCUCCAUCAUGUAUGUAAGAUAUUGGACUAUUUCGAUCAGCAUUUUUUUUACAUAAGCAAUUUUUGGAGAGGAAAUGCAGUUGUAGUGGUAGAUUUAUACAAAAACACAUUUUUGAGACUGCAUCAUUUAAAAAGGUCAAUAACAAAGUGCUUUGUUGUCUGUUUUGUUUUGUUUUGUUUUUCCUUGUAUCAACCAGCUGUCUAAAAAAAAGAAAUGUGCUGUAAAAGACUAAGAGAUUGAUUUUCAUGUAAGAAUUAUUUCAUGACCUUUAAAAAGAUAUGGAGAUCGAUUAUAGAGACCAGAGUUUGUAGUACAUACACGAAAUAUGGUUAAAAUAAACUUGUUGUUUUUUGUACUGUCUGCUCUUCUG